CGAGUGUGUGAGUGACAACGUAACUGAAGAGAUUUCUCCCAGACACAAAGCAGUGCACGCUAUUGCCAUCUCAGUGUAAAUAACUCUCUUCCGUGAAUCGGCCAGUUUCGUUCAGAGGGAGAGCUGCCCCUAAGAAAGAUUUGUGGGUGCUGGCAUGAGUUAAUGGUAAUUUUUGCGCUGGAAAGUUGAUAUUUUUUGUUCCUGUUGCCAUCUGUUAUAAUUGUAAGUGACCAACCAGACCAUGGAUCAGAACAGUAUACCGGCUUUCCAGGGGUUGGCAUCCCCACAGAGUGCAAUGACCCCUGGGAUUCCCAUAUUCAGCCCAAUGAUGCCAUAUGGCACUGGUUUGACUCCGCAGCCCGUACAGACCACCAAUAGCUUGUCUAUUCUUGAAGAGCAGCAGCGUCAGCAACAGGCACAGCAGUCAACAUCACAGCAAGGAGCUCAGGGCCCUGGGCAAACGCCACAAUUAUUCCACUCACAGACUUUAACCACAGCCCCUUUACCAGGAAAUACACCUUUAUACCCCUCCCCAAUGACUCCUAUGACUCCUAUUACACCUGCAACUCCUGCAUCAGAAAGCUCAGGGAUUGUACCUCAGCUACAAAAUAUUGUGUCCACCGUGAAUCUUGGUUGUAAGCUGGACCUGAAAACAAUUGCACUUAGAGCAAGAAAUGCUGAGUAUAAUCCCAAGCGUUUCGCUGCUGUUAUUAUGAGGAUAAGAGAACCACGCACAACAGCACUUAUAUUUAGCUCAGGAAAAAUGGUGUGCACAGGGGCCAAAAGUGAAGAACAGUCACGACUGGCAGCAAGAAAAUAUGCCCGUGUUGUGCAAAAGUUGGGAUUUCCAGCUAAGUUUCUGGAUUUUAAGAUUCAAAAUAUGGUGGGGAGCUGUGACGUGAAAUUUCCAAUUAGAUUAGAAGGCUUGGUCCUUACACAUCAGCAGUUCAGCAGCUAUGAGCCAGAAUUAUUUCCUGGCCUUAUCUACAGAAUGAUCAAACCAAGAAUUGUCCUACUAAUUUUUGUUUCGGGAAAAGUUGUAUUGACUGGUGCUAAAGUCCGAGGAGAGAUAUAUGAAGCAUUUGAAAACAUAUACCCUAUUUUAAAAGGAUUCAGGAAGACGACGUAACAGCUGCUUUGCUGUUUUUAUUUUUUUUUGUAUAUGUAUUUAUGUAAUAUAGAAGCAUUUGUAUCUGGCAUGGCACAACCAUUACAGAAAUGGACUUUGGUUACAUAUGGUGUUCCUCCCGCAACCUCAGACUGUCAGUCACGGCUUCAAAGACACUUAUUUGAGUUAUUUGUUUUAUGAUGAAAAUUGAUAUCUGUAAAGAAGGAUUUUUAUUUAGGAGACAUAACACUUAUUUUACUUAUUUUAAUACAUCUUUUUAAAGAGUACCUUUUACAGUUAUUUUAGUUAAAGCAGUAAACCUGUUUUAAUCUAGAAAAUGUGGCAAAAAAAACAUGAUGAUGCAAGUUUUAUAGCAUUUCCAAACUAAUACCCAUCGCAGGUAAGGAAUAAGCCUGAUCUUGUGAAAUUUUCAUACGAUUACUUUUACUCAUACCCAGCACUUGUUGUCAUGGCAUCCAACAAAUAUGAAUAAUAGUUGUUUGGUGUUGCUGUUACAUUCUCAUUGUAUGCCCCUUUUAUAAGUUCACAAAUUUGUUUUUAAUGUAUGUUUAAUGACUGUUAAGAUGUCUCCUUGAGAGAAACAAUCUGUGAUUUGCUAUGAGCACAAUAAUCACAAUUUUUUUUUUCUAAAACAUACUGCAGUAUACAUACACACUCUUUCCACUAUGGAAGUGAGAACAUUUUAUGACUAUUUAUGUUAAGUAUGAAUCAACUUAACAACUUUGUAUAAUUUUUUUUUUCAACCAGAGAUUUUUUUUUAUUUUUUUUUUUUAAACUGGUUUUAAAGGUUAAUUUUUAUUUUGUUUUAAAACUGUUUAAUGUGUUUGUGCCAGACAUUCCCAAACUUUCCAGUGUUAAACAGGACAAAAUAAAUUUGUUAACUUUC